AGCCAUGAACUACCUGCGGCGCCGCCUGUCGGACAGCAACUUCAUGGCCAAUCUGCCAAAUGGGUACAUGACCGACCUGCAGCGCCCGCAGCCGCCCCCGCCGCCGCCCGCUGCCCCCAGCCCGGGAGCCACGCCUGGUCCUGCGACUGCCACUGCCGAGAGGGCCUCUUCGGCCGCCCCCGUGGCCUCUCCGGCCGCCCCUAGCCCCGGGUCCUCGGGGGGUGGUGGCUUCUUCUCGUCGCUGUCCAAUGCGGUCAAGCAGACGACGGCGGCCGCGGCUGCCACCUUCAGCGAGCAGGUGGGCGGCGGCUCUGGGGGCGCAGGCCGUGGGGGCGCCGCCGCCAGGGUGCUGCUGGUAAUCGACGAGCCCCACACCGACUGGGCGAAAUACUUCAAAGGGAAAAAGAUCCAUGGAGAAAUUGACAUCAAAGUGGAACAGGCUGAAUUCUCUGAUCUCAACCUCGUGGCUCACGCCAAUGGUGGAUUCUCUGUGGAUAUGGAAGUUCUUCGGAAUGGGGUGAAGGUUGUGCGGUCUCUGAAGCCAGACUUCGUGCUGAUCCGCCAGCAUGCCUUCAGCAUGGCACGGAAUGGAGACUACCGCAGUUUGGUCAUCGGGCUGCAGUAUGCUGGAAUCCCCAGCGUUAACUCUUUGCAUUCUGUCUACAACUUCUGUGACAAGCCCUGGGUGUUUGCCCAGAUGGUUCGACUGCACAAGAAACUGGGAACAGAGGAAUUCCCUCUAAUUGAUCAGACCUUCUACCCCAAUCACAAAGAGAUGAUUGGAUAA